CGUUUCUUUUAUUUUUUUUAGCUGUCUUUAUUAUUAUGUUGACAAAGCCGAAAACUAUACGGAUCACCAUUGCUGUAUUUUUUGUUUUAUGUAUCCUUGCAUUUUCUGCCAGUUUCUAUAGAAACACUCUUUUUGACAGACCACGUCCCAUUUACAAAGCUGAGGUGGAAUUACAUGUCAGUGAACCUGAGUUAAAUUUAACAAAAGUUAAACAAUUAUCACAACAAUACGAUUUUGCUGUUACACCCCCUCCUAAACCAUGGUCAGAGAAAGAUUUAGAGUUUUUUCAAUCGAUAGCAGGAGAAACUGUUUUUUCCCAACUGGCGAUUAUUCCAGAAGCCCACGAAACACCUGAUUUUACCAAAAUCACCGCAGCAGAAAGAUUGUUCAAGUCACUUUUUAACCAUUUCGAUAAAAUCCUAUCCAACGAUCCCAGCCUUCAUCCCGCCAACUCAUCUCAGCACAAAGCCAGCUGGGAACUCUAUACCCGUCUCGAACGAUCUCUCUAUCCGUGGCUUUACCCUUACUGGGAAAAUGCAUUCCAUAUCAAUAACCAAACAAGCGGACAAGGCAUUGUCAUGUGCGUCGGAAACAACCAAUUCAAAUUCGCCGCCUCGUCUGUGCGCGCACUCCGUCAAGUCCUCCACUCUCAACUCCCCAUCGAAAUCUUUUAUAUUCGCGAAAACGAUCUCUCCCCUGCCAAACGAACCUAUUUUACCACCCAAUUUAAAAACGUCUCCCUCGUGAAAUUAGACGACUACGUGGGGGAAUAUUAUACAAGGUUUGGUGGAUGGGCUAUGAAACCUUUUGCUCUUUUAGCCAGUCGUUUCUCUGAGGUCAUCAUGAUGGAUGCAGACGCUUUUUUCUUUCAAGAUCCUGCUCUACUCUUUCAAGACAAAGGCUAUGCCUUAGCCGGUAGUCUGUUCUUUUAUGAUCGUACACUGUUUGCUAAUUGGGAAAAGGGACCCGAUUGGUUACGUUCGUUUUUGUCCACCAUGACUUCCUUUGUGCCCAAUACGCGUUGGUUUAAAGGCACUUCCUCUCACGAGCAAGAGUCGGGUGUGAUUGUGAUGAACAAGAAAAAAUCUCUUUUAGGUUUAUUAGCUACUUGUAAGUUGAACGGUAUUACUGAACGUGACGAAGUCGUCUAUAAACAUAUUCAUGGUGAUAAAGAGACCUUUUGGAUAGGUCAUGAAAUGAUGCAAACACCUUACGCAUUUAUAAAAUCAUUUGGUGCUGUCAUUGGAAAUAUGGGACGUGGUGGUGAAGAUGGGGAUCCUACACAGGUUUGUGGUAACCAACUUCAUUUGGACACGGAACAAGUUCCCUUAUGGUUGAACGGCGGAUUGUAUCGAGACAAACAUAAGCAGCCAUUGGAAUAUCUCAAUUUCACACAUUUCGCCCAGGGUAAUGAUUGGGAUUUCCAAACCAGUUGUAUUCGGGAGACAAACAGGAUCAGUGCCUUGAGUAAAACACUGCAUCAGGUUGCCAUGGAUUCGAUCCAAAUUGAUAUUCAACGUGCCAAAGACGAAGAAAUGAUUGAUGCAGGUACAUGGAAACCCUUUUCUCUGCCAUCCGAUAAAGCACCCUUAUAGAUAAUAAAACACGUCAUACCCUAUUCUAUGCGCUACUAUUCUACAAAGGAAAAGAAAUACACAA